GCUAAUGCCUGGCUGCCCUGACGCGCUGCUGGUAAGCAGUGCACCGUGAAGAUGGCGUCGCUCUCAUCUCCUUUAAGAGUCUGUAGAGGAAUAUUAAAAGAGUUACGUGCGAUUCAGGGACAGAGUUACAAACAGUCGCUGGCUUACAACUAUGUCCUAGAUCAAUUUCGCAAGAAUAAGGUUACAGGAGAAAGGUACUGCAGAGCCCAACAGGAGGCGCACCAUGCCUCGCUCACAUACCUGUGUCUGCUGGCGUCCACCAGGAACCAUCUGGCCCUGCAUAACCUCUACCACGGCAAGGGGGAACGCAGCCCUGAGGAAGUAGCAGGCUUAGUAGGGCUCAGGGUGCCCACACAACCUGGAGGGAAAGGCUGGGAGAAAUAAGGACAUGAAGUUAAUCGGUGGGAGAAAAUCCUGGAACUCUGCUGAAAUCACCUGCAUGGAGAGCUGAUGAAUCGAUCAGGCCUCAUCCAGCUGCCCUCAUCCUAUCUAAACUAUGUUGAUCAGAUGCUGCUGGUUCUGGAAUUGUUGACUGAGGGAACUUGUUUAUUCUGUUGAGCAACUUUUGCUCAAGGUGAUCUGAAAAGGGAUCAAAUGUAUGAAUAUAAAUAUCUGUAUGAUAUAAAAAGGCUGUAAUAAACCUCCAACCCUACUGAACUGAUCGUUAUUCGGCUUUCUUAGCCGAUGUAUUAACGUGUGAAGAGGUUUCCAGUGUUUGAAUUUUGGGAUAAGAUCUCAAACUUUUUUUGUUUUGUUGCCACCAUUUUUAACAAACGUAUGUAUUUGAUUUAUUGAAAAUAAAAGGUUUUAACUGCU